AUGAGAGCCUGUUGGACUUCACCAGCUUUGAUCGUUAAGCACGUGGUAGCCCACUUCCACGUGAAGUGGGUUAUAAGCUGGCAGACACACCAGGAACAAAACUAUUAUAUAAAUGAUCCCGGCCUUGCUAACACUAACGAUUCGGCGUACCGUCUAUAUUUUUACGUCCUAGGUAAAAAGCAGCAAAAUCGCGCCGUGCAUCUAUCUUCGCACGAGCAAGUUGAGUCCGACAGUCUUCAAAGCUAUUAG